AUGUUUACCGCAGGUCACCUAUUGUCCUCGGAGCCCAGAAGGUGGCUACCAAACACUGUGUUACUGUUUGUGACCUAGGGACCUGAAGAGGACCAGGAGUCUGAGUCGGAACUAACUGUGACACAACUGAAGGCACUGCGUAAGCAGCAGCAAGCAAAACUAGAAAAGACAAUGUUGGGAGAAGACUCUGAUGAAGAAGAGGAAAAAGAGGAGAGAAGAAGUGAGAAGAGUCAGAACAGUGAUAUGAGCUGCUCGUGGGGAAUGGGGGAGGAUGCUGAGGAAGAUGACGUUGAAGAAAACCCUAUUGCUAUUGAUUUUCAGGAUGUACAAGAUGCCUUCUAUAUGAAAGAUCCUAGAAAGGCCUUACAGGGCUUUUUUGACAGAGAAGGAGAAGAGUUAGAAUACGAAUAUGAUGAUCGUGGGCACAAUAGCUGGUUAUGCAGGAUCAAGUUGCCUGUGGAUGAUGCAUCAGGGAAGCAGCUGGUGGCAGAGGUUCUCCAUUCAGGAAAGAAGAAGGAAGCAAUGAUACAGUGCGCACUGGAAGCUUGCAGGCUACUCGAUGCUCGAGGAGUAUUGAGGCAAGAAGCAGUAUCCCGAAAAAGGAAAUCAAAGAACUGGGAGGAUGAGGAUUUUUAUGACAGUGAUGAUGACACCUUCCUUGAUCGAACUGGUGCUGUAGAAAAGAAACGACUGAACAGAAUGAAAAAAGCUGGUAAAAUAGAAGAAAAACCAGAGACUUAUGACUCCCUGGUCACAAAGCUAAAGGAAGCUGAAAAUGAGCUUUCUGAGAUAACAGAGAAACUGAAGGCCUCAGGGAAAGCCCAAUCCCAGCCAGCAGCUCAAGAUUCCUUGGACGAAUUCAUGACCGAAAUAAAAUCAGGAUGCACCUUAGACAGCGUGGCACGAAAGAAGCUUCACUUGCGGUCAUUUGAACUGAAGAAAGAGCAGCAGAGACUGAAAGGGUUAAUAAAGCUUGUCAAACCUGCAGAACUGCCUGAGCUGAAGCCCCACGGGAGUUACGGUCAGGAAGCAGAGAGCAAGCCUAAAAAGAUUACCCUUCCUCUCUUUGGUGCAAUGAAGGGGGGGAGCAAAUUCAAGCUGAAAACUGGAAGCCUAGGGAAGCUGCCUGUUAAGCGUCCAGACAUCCCUGAAAGCUUGUUAAAAAUGAAAGAUGAUGGACCAGAGGAGGAGGAAGAGGAAGAAGAGGAAGAAAUGGAGGAGGAGCAAGAAGUAGGUGCAAUAAGCAGCAGAGCGUCAAACCUGGAGAUGAAAAUGACAACAGAGGAAGAAACAGGAAAAGAAAUUAAUGCUGCUGAUGAUUCUCCUUGCGAUAACAAGAAUCUAGAAUCCCUUCAGGAUGGUAAACUAUUGGAUUUGAUUUUUCCAGGGUUCAUUUUCUGCCUGAGCCAAAGAUACUACGGAAUAAAUCUCAAUUGGGACCCUCACAAGAGAAAUCUCAAGGUCCAACAACCUUUUUUUUCCUCGCAGUACCCAGAUGAUGACCCAGACUACUGCAUAUGGGUUCCUCCUGCAGGUCAAAGCGGUGAUGGCAAGACUCAUCUCAAUGAAAAAUAUGGCUAUUAA